AUCAAUGCUUAUGUAAAGGUAGACAUGCAGGUCAAAGAGUCAUACAAAGCCCAGGUAGUGUGUGUGGUGAAAUCAUUACAGGUAUUACAGUACCUUACAGGUAAAUAAUAGAACCAUUCAGGUGUGACGCCAAAGCUCGCUCCCUUUCCAUCAGACGCGUAAGACCUCUCGCUUUGCUAUAGAGAGAUUAAAAGCAUUGUCGUUCCGCCUGAGUAGAAGAAAUUUUCCCUGCUUUUACGUCUAACAGGCACAGUGAUCUGUUGACAGUGGAACGAGAACAGCGAAAACAACGACAGCACUUGGAGUAACGCGAGAGGCUGAUCAAUAAGUACUGGCUAACAAUCGACCAAAGGUGUAUCUACCAACAAGCAAAUGUAAACAACUUACUGACGAAUAGUGAAGAAAAAUGAAAAAAUCUUUCUAGUGUGAGGACAGGGAAAUUUACCGAUCGAAUUUCUGUUAUAUACCAGAACAUAAAGGUUUGGCUUCAUUGGAUUAGUUCGUCGACAAUAGAAAAUGAAUCUUCGGAAGACAAAGUUGUUCAAGACCAUAAAUACAGGUAAUCCCAAACAAGUGAUGGGUGCCUUGUGGGAGUACCUGAAAACAGGAAAAGAUGUUAACCUGAGGGACGAGGAAACAGGAGGAAAUCUCCUUCACUUACUAGUGAACCAUGGGGAGAAUUUCGCCGACCCUGAAACUGUUCAAGCUAUCUAUAUGUUGGUCUGUAAGGACAUAGAUAUUGAUGCCACUGAUAACAGCGGGGAGACUGGACUCCAUAAAGUGAUGAGAAAGAAAGGAACCUACCGAAUCAUGAUGGCUCUGAUCAGAUGUGGUGCCGACACCAGGAUACUCAACAAUGACGGCAAAACGGCAGAGGACAUUCUAUUGACGGAGAAGCCAGAAGGAUGGGAGGAAAUGUACCAUUGGUACAAAAAGUUCAAGCCAGGUCUGUGGGCCGCGCUAUCAGAGGAAAACCCAGACCGGAAGCUGGUGCAGCGCUUGCUCAGACAAUGGUGCCGUCUAACCUGCGUGAAAAAUGGCAAGGUAAUGAAUGUCAAAUCUCUUGUCAAGGACGAUAUUCAUAAGGUCGACCUCCUGCACAUGAUCGAGGAAUACGAAAAUCCAAAUGAGAUGUGUCUUGCUCUGAAUGCUGGGUUCGGAUUCAUUGUAAAAAGCUGGGUUAAGCAAGGAAUUGAACUCCUGAAAGGCGUUGACUGUGACGCAAAGGAUUACUCCUAUCAACACAAGUACCCAGAAUUCCCUGAAGUUCCGCGUCCAAUUUUGGCGGCAGCCUGGGAGUCAAACAAUUACGAUGCUGUUGACGUGCUGUUGGACAUGGAUCCAGACACCAGAGUUUUGUGGACUGACGACACAGAAUCUAAGAAUCCCCCGAAACCUUUGUUUUUCCAGAUUAUUUGUGGAGUGACAGCCCCUCGAGAUGAGAAAAUCGUGCACCGUGUUCUCAAAGGCUCAGAUUUGACAGCAAGAGACCGAGAGGGUCAUACAAUUCUCCAUAAAAUCAUUAUUCACGACAGACCGGAAAAUGCAGCAGAAAACACGUUAAGAGUCGCCAUGUCUUAUGGUGCCGACAUCGCAGCACGCGAUUGUAAUGGUCGCACUCCACGUGACUUAGCACAGAAACUUCAAAAGGAGCAUUACUGUAAAUGUAUAGAUGAGUACAUAAUCAAACUAGUCAAAGAUCGUCGUUUUGAUGACAUUGAGAAACUUAUUUUACACAACUAUAAUCAUUUGUUGGAUAUAACCGACAGCGGAAAUCGUACGUUAGUUGAGAUCGCCAAGAAGUACGGAACUCGCCAAAUUCACGAAGUAGUCAAACUCACAGCCGCCAUACAGGCUUACGUGAAGCGGAUAUUCCAGGCCGUGGACGAGGGUUCCGUAGAGGACAUUAAAAAGCUUCUGAGCUGUAAGAGGUACGCUAAUGUCAGAGACAAAUGUGGCCGAAGUCUUCUACACAGGGCCAUCCUCAAAAAACAGAAACCUGUUAUAUCCUUCCUCCUGGAAGAAUGCCCCAGUCACGUGACCACAGGAGACACGUUGGAUCAUACACCGCUCCAUUAUAGCUAUCUGUUUAUACCAGAGGAAAAAGCAAUUAUUCAGAAGAUGAUCGACAAAGGAGCUCUAGUGAACAGAAAGGAUGCAUUUGGGCGUCUAGCAGCAGACCUCUCCAUAGAGAAGUGUGGCUCCCAGGACUUUGAGCGGAUCAAGAAAGAAGUAGAGGAGUUUGAUCUCAACAUUUAUCUGACAGACAGCGAUUUCGAGCAGACCUUCAAAACAGCAAUACAGACUGGGGAUUUUGAGACGGUGAAGAGUCUAAUGUCCGGUCUGCAGGCCUUUGGUGACGUCACACGAUAUAGCUCUACACUGUUCGACUGCGUAGACAACAAACAGACCGAUAUCGCCAAGUACCUUAUCACUAAUGGCUUCAAGACAGACAUUUAUAAACAGUAUCAAAAAUGUGACCCUAACGAUCCGAUGUGCGCAAUGAUGGAGUGCGGACAUUCGAUGACGUCAUUAAAGGAACGGGCCAUUGAUAAUAAGUGUGACGAAAUAGUCAAGUUAAUAGAAGAAGUUUCUCUCGGAAAGAUUAAAGUCCAGAACGCACAACAGAACGGCUUAUCUAUGUAUGGAGUGUAGUGGUCACUGUGCAUUACUGCAGACUACACAAUACGCAAAAUGCCCUUUGUUUAUUUUUACAUUCAACGUGGCAUCAUGUAUCAUUUCAAUCAUUGAAAUCUAUAUACCCCAAUUCUGUCAUUUUGCUUUUCCUACAGAAAAUUUUGAGCUCAAUUUCUGUCCUGGAGCUCAUAUUUCGUAAUGAAUUUUCCUCUUUUCUCUUUGACUGUUUUGUUUGUAAGCAUUGCCGUUUUUUUCCUUUUCAAAAAAAAUUGUUAGUAGUUGAAUUUCAUUUUCAUCCUUCUUGAAUAUUAAUCCCAGGGUAUUCCACAACGUGUUCACAUCGUUUGCUUUUCAACAAAGAGAGACAACUCUCAAAAUAAAAAAAGAGGUUAGCGGAGCUGUAUCCAUCUUUGGAGUUAUUUUAGUCAGUAGUGUUGAUUGGUUACUGUUUUGCAUUGCCCUCAUUGGAUAAUUUCCAUGUAAAGUUUACUUCUUUUGUAUUUGUAGAUAUAGUGUGCCUGUGUUGGAAAUAAGUAAACCUAUUUGUGAAAGCCCUGUUUAGUUUUGUUUUUAAGGUUCCACUAAUGGUAAAUUUUUUUGUUUGUAAAACUUUUUCAACAUGGCUAAAUUUUGUUUAUGUUCCUUAUUGUUGUGGUCUGAGAAGUACACCCCUGCAGACCAUUGCUAUUAAGUUGGCAAAAAAUGUUUCAUUCAAUAGUUUUUCCAAGUAAGAAAUAUUCUAUGUGCAAAAUGUACUUUUCAAUAGCUAAAGUUUUCAAAAAUCUAGUCCUUUAAUUCACGAGUAUCAAGUGGCAAAAUGAUAUUCAAAUUAUUUAUAAUCAAAUAUGUUUAAGAAGUGCAAGAUAGCACUAAAACUUCUUGUAAUUUUUUAUUUAAUUUUUGUUUUUGUUUUGACAAGGCAGACAUUAAUCUGACUUCAUCAUCACUGAAAGGAGGUGGCCGUUAGUCAAUUUUGGUGUCUACAUACAUAUUAUUUUUAUUCCUGCAGCAAAAGGUUCAAAUGCAAUCUUGCACUUAAUAAACCGUGUGAAAUUAUUUGAAUAUCAUUUUGCUACUCAAUACCCGUGGAUUAAGAAGCUAGAUAUUUUUUUUUUAAAAGUUAUAUUUCAAAAUGCGUUUUAAUUUGUUAAUUUGUAAACUUACUUGGGGAAUUGUUUAGAGAAACAUUUGUUAUUGGCAACUUCAUCACAAUGAUUUUCAGGGUUGUAACUCUCAGACCACAACUAUAAGGAACAUAAACACAAUUUGGCCACUGUUACAAUUGUCUCUACAAACAAAAACUUAAAUUGUCUUUAACGGAACCUUGAAAUAAAACGUACAAGCCUAAUUUGAAUAUUUUGACUUUGUUUUAUGUUGACUGUUAUGGUUGUGAUUAUAUUUGUUUUACUAUCGUUAUGGUUCCUGAAGAAAUAGUGAUGUAUAAUUAAUGAAUGAGCUAUAUUUUGGAGUGUUGUUGACCUUCAAAAAGUCGACCUUAACAUUUUGAUGGUUGACCCUAGACCAAGAGGAAAGAUUGAAGAAAAUCUUCAUUUCCCAAAGCUACUCUGCGAUAGAUUUGUUUUUUGGUUUUUUAGAUAUGGCCACAAGUUUCCUGAUUAACAUCAUUCAAUGAAAGCUUUAAGUAAUUUAGUUAAACAUUUCUGCUAUAUGUUUGCUUGACCUUGCAAUCAGGAUCCCGGGACUUUUCAGCAUAUUGAUUUUUUGCAGGCAUUUGACGGUUAUAUAUUUUGCAUUGCCUUCGGAUUCCAUCAUGUAAAGUCGCAAUAUAUCGUACACAUUCCAAAGAUAUAUUUUAUGUGUAUGUUGUUCUAUGUCUAUUGUUUAUAAGGAUAUUGUUUUAUGAAUAAAGUUUACAAUGUAUUUAUCAUUUAAUCACAUACAAUAUUAUUUUUACAAUUUUUGCUGUAUAGAGACAUAAUACAUAAAAAUGCCCACUUGUCAAAGGACGUAAUGUUAUGUUGUAUUGUUUAGUUAAUAAAUAUUGGAGACCAUCUUA